AUGCAGGCAAUCUGGUCUAGAGCGGGCCAGGCGCACCGAUGCGGCUGCAAGGCCUGCUUUAAUGCCUCCGGGGGCAUGAUACGGCAGUCGGCGACGCGCUCGACGCAACGAAAACCGACCUUUAGCGAGAUCUUCACGGCGUGCUACACAUCGAUAAUGGGAACGGCUGCGAUGCUGGAUGCAGGGAGGAAAGACAGGCGGCGAAAGGAUUUGGACCGACAAAUUGAAGAGGUCUCGAGCGAGCUGGCAAAUCUUGUCGAAAAAGCAAAGGAGAAAGCUCCUAAGAAACCACCUGCUGGUGACGUUGGCAACCGGUAUCCGGGCGCAUUACAAGAUCACGUUCCACAAAACCCCGAAGUCAGCAAGAUUCUCGACGCCCUCGGGCCCUCAUAUAGGUGGCAGAGAACUGUUGCGACAAAGGCCGACGUGGACCGUUUAUGGAAGAUAUACGAGCUGAGUCCUUCGAACGAAGUCAGAGGGGUCAAUUACGAAGCCUUGAUUAAGAAGCUCGCGACAGAAGAGUGGAUGCCUAUUGAGCACCGCGCACCGCGGACGCCGAGGCAAGCCAAGGCGGCAGCGGUGGCAACGAAAGCUUUGGUCUACAGAUUUCUCGACGCAGGCGAAUCUAUGGUUGGACGCGAAGGAAUGCAAACGGCGCGAGAGGAGGUAGACAAGCUGAUACGGAAGAAGUUCCCUAUCUGGGAUGAAAGCGAACUGAGCAACGAGGCUCUGAACACGUGGAGCCGGGAGCUGAACAAGGCGUUGAGGAGUGUUUUUGACGCCUCGACUCCUGAGAACUUUCAACAUACGAUUUACAGUGGCAAGCUUGAGCCCACGCAGCUUACCCUGGUGUGCAUCCUGAAUCACUACAGAACGAUAAAGGACGCAGACAACUUUUCGGGUUUCAUCGCUCGCAUGACUGGCAAAGACCAACGAGGCGUCAAAAUCCGGAGAAAAAGGCACGAUGAUGUGGCGGAGUUUUUCUCCCUUCACGGUUGGGCUAAAACGAAAGAUGUCGCAGUCGGCUCCCAUUACGUCGUCGAGAGGGCGCGUUUUGAUGAAAAAAUCUUCGCCACCAUCAUCGAAGGCAUGUUGGCUUUCGACAGACUGAGGGCUGCCGUGGGUGCAUUUGCGGCGAGCAUCACGGCAGACCUCCUGAUUAGCUCGCGGACGACCUCCGAGCUGCUCGAUUAUUGCGCCCGCUCCCUAGAUCGCACAGCUGCAGCCAAGCUUUUGGAAAUACUGAAAAGCAACCCCGCGCUGAUCAAGCGAGCAUUCUUUCGAGAGAACGACAAGCUAUAUCUUGCGCGGCGCAUACGGAGCCUACUGGAUAUUUGCGGCUUGGAACACAGCUUGCCAAACAGCGUGGCACCGUUCCUGAAAGAUCCCAUGUUCUCGAUUGUGUCGAGCGAGGAGCAGAAACGUGUAGUUUAUAUCGCACGAAUAGCCCACACUGUACACCAAACGGAGUGGUUGUUGAAAAGCGCGCGCGACUACGUUCAGCGCGUGAAAACGGGUAGCGCCAGUACCAUUCGCAUUGAUUCGGGCUCUCCGCAGAUGUACAGGAUGUGGAGAGCGACGAAGUUGGUUUGGCCAGUGCCCGAGGGUCUUCCGGAAGACCAGCCCGGGACGUCCUUCUCGCAGGAGGAAGAGGUCGACUGGUCUGCUUGGAACCGGCUGGAGGAAGCGUCAGAAGCACAGCUGGCGCAGAAAACCAUGAGUAAAAGCAACACUCUUUCAGAGAAUCAGGGUCAAUUGUCCGCAUGGGAUCGCCUUGAACAGGCGGCGGAGACGAAACCGAAGAACACGAAGCACGAAAACAAAACCACCAUCGACGAGGUUUUCGAAACGAUUGAAAUUCUAAGGUUCCUCUACCGUGCGACGGCGUCGCCGCUGGUGUGCGGGCUCAAGAGGCAGAUCCGGGAGCUGGCGCGGGCGGUGUACGAUAAUCCCGAGCACACUGGCGAUGAGAUGGAGGUCAAGUGUAUUUACGCGCGGCCGUCGUGGAUUGAGAUGCCGAACGCGGCGCAGGUGUUGGAUGAUGCGCAGGAGGGCAUUGCGACGAUGGCUGAGACGAAUCCAUACUGGGCUUGUCGGGUUCCGCUAGACGACGACGACGAUGAUGAUGAUUAUGAUUAUGAUAACGAACCGGUUUAG